AAUAACCUCUCAAGAUUACCGUUUUUAAAUUCAUUUUCAUAUUUUAAUGAAUAAAAUAAUGGUCUAAAUAGAUGCCAAGUGUUUGUGAUACAAUAAGGCCUAGGCAACCUGACGCUCCCAAAAUGCAACUCGAGUCUCUAGAACUCGCUGGGUGCACCCUUGACCGCUAUAUAAACGCCGACAAUUCCCGCCCUUCGUUUCUUGAGAUAACAGGUAUAGCAGCUCAAGGCACUCCAACAUGCAGUGGUCUAAACGCAGGGGAUUACAGAAACUUGGCUGCUCUACUGAACCACCCAAAUUUAUCUCAAAUGAAAAUUAUAAACAAAGUUCCGUUACCACCUGAAAUCAUGGAGCAUUUUGCACAUAUGCAAUGCCAUUGUUUAAUGGGAGCUUUUCCAGAAAUAAGUCGUGUGUGGCUUGCCAUAGAUAGCAACAUUUAUGUCUGGGCCUUUGAACAUGGUAGUGAUGUUGCCUACUAUGAUGGUUUAAGUGAAACCAUAGUCAGUGUGGGCCUGAUCAAGCCCAAGUCAGGGGUUUUCCAGAAUUUUGUAAAAUAUUUGCUAGUACUGACUACAACUGUUGAAAUUGUAGUUCUAGGUGUCACAUUUUCAAGUAAUAAACAAGAUGGCAGUGCUGAGUUCGAAGAAAUCCAUUUAGUGCCAGAGCCAGUAUUUGUUUUACCCACAGAUGGUGUUUCAAUGUUGUGUGUGAAGGCAACUUCUAAAGGCAGAAUAUUUAUGGGUGGUAAAGAUGGCUGUCUUUAUGAAAUAACAUAUCAGGCCCAACUAGGAUGGUUUGGUAAACAUUGUAAGAAAGUAAACCACUCAACUAGUGCAUUAUCGUUCCUAGUGCCUUCUUUUCUUAAUGCUGCUUUGUAUGAUGAAGAUUCCAUAGUUAAAAUAGAAGUAGAUAAUACUCGCCAUAUUUUGUACACAUUAAGUGAAAAGGGAUGUAUAGAGGUGUUUGACUUGGGUAGUGAUGGUGAAAGUUUAACAAGAGUGGUGAGGUUAAGUCAAGGAAAAAUUGUCUCCUCAGCAGUGGACAUUGUAAAAACAUUAGAAGCAAGUAAUUUCAAGCCUGUCAUUGCAAUAUCGGCCGUGGAGGAAACAGAAUCGUACCAUCUAAACUUAGUGGCUGUCACACAAACUGGUGCAAGAUUGUAUUUUAGUGUUGGAAGCGGAGAUGCAAAUCAAAGCGGGCAAAGGCCUCAGUACCUGACGUUACUGCACGUUAGGCUGCCGCCAGGUUUUACGCCUAACGCUUCCGUGUUAAAACCAAAACAAGUUCACAGUGCUGUUUAUGACAAUGGUACACUUGUGAUGGUGUGUUCGUCCGGUGGCGGUAGUGAGGCGGAGUCUCUGUGGUGUCUGUCGCGAGUUUUGCCCGGCGCGGGCUUCAGCGAGGCGCACACAGUGCUGGCGCUAGACGGGCCCGCAUGGGCGCUUACUGCCCUACCGCCCACGCACCCUGCACAUCUGUCCCCAGCUUUACUUGCUAAACGAGAGGUGUGGGCGUCGUCGCGCUGGGCAGUGGUGAGCGCCUGGGGCGCAGCGCUGCUGGCGGCGGGCGCGGCGCCCGACCUGCUGCGGGCGCUGCUUCGCGACUGCCACGGCCCUGACGCUCAACCUGUUAAGGACUUGUUCCAGCUCCACGGAGUCGAUCAAGCGUGCGCAUGCGCCCUAUACUUGGCAUGCGAGGACACGAGUGGGGACAUGUCUAUUAGCGAGUGGGCGGCGCGAGCUUUCCUGUUAUACGGCAACCAGGUCACACCCUCACCGAUGUUCCAGCAGACUUCGCAAAUGGCUUCGUCUGUAGGUUCACCAAAAUUCUUGCCGCGUCAAGUAUCAACGCCGAUGUCGGUGCGGCCACAAGAUCAACUAAGGCAAGGGCAAAUGAACCAAUCCUACCAGUCUCACAUCAACCAGACCAUGGGCAUGCAGAACCAGACAUUCAUGCCGCAAACACUGCAGCAGAACAUGAUGAGCCCCACCCCAUUCAACCAGUCUUCCUACAUGGGCAAUGUUACACAACAGACAAGGGAUAAUUUCCCCUUACAAGCCGAGUACAGCGCCAAGCACAACGGUCUGUACAUUUACGUUGGAAGAAUUUUAUGCCCGAUUUGGAACUUGAAGUGCGUCACAAAAUCUAUGACGCCGGAUAAUAAAGAGUUUAUGUCAAGCAAAGUGACGGGCGAAGAUUGCGCAUACAUCGUAAUGAAACUGCAAAGGGUAGCCGCGUUCGUACAGCGACUCAUGGCCCCCCCGCAUUCCGAGGAACAAGCUUCUUUACAUGCUUUAAAACUAUUUAUCACAAUGGCAAUAGAGAUGCUGAGUCUUUGGAAAGUUCUUUGCGAGCAUCAAUUUCACGUGAUAGCUGCAAGCCUUCCGCUUGAACAGCAAAGUGCAUUGCAAGCGGCAAGUUUCAGAGAGUUGUUAGUUGGAGGACAAGAAGUUGCAUCACUUCUCCUUGGGUCGCUUGUUGCUGGUUAUUUGAGAGACAAUGCCUCCAUUGAUGGAAUAUCACAAAAGCUAAGACAACUCUGUCCAACAUUGUAUAGGCAAGAAGAUGCCACAUGCUCUAAAGCAAACGAGUUAUUGAUUUUCGCAAAACAACAGAAAAAUCCCGCAGAGCGUGAAGAGAUGCUUCAACAAGCCUUGAAGCUUUGUAAGGAUGUAGCACCAAAUGUGAAUCUCCCGCUGGUAUGUUCCAAACUUGUAUCAGCGGGCUUCUACACUGGCGUAGUGGAGCUCUGCGUUGCCUGUGCCAGUAAGCUGGACCCGCAGGAUAAGGCCGUGUACUACUACAAGAACGAUCAGCCCCCGCAGGACAGGGAGGGACACUUGAUGUACUUAAGAAGAAGGGAAAUCUACCGCGAAGUGUGCGUGGCGUUAGAUCGUCUGUACGAGCGCAGCAACGACGCAAACACCUCAACGCAGUCUGACGCGCACCUUACACUGUCGCCGGCUGACGCUAACUAUCAGGGCAGAAAAUUAGUUUGGGAUUGUUUAUGUCGAGAUGAUGAGCUGCUACACGUUGCAGUUUAUGAGUGGCUCGUUUCCAAAAACUUAGGCUCAGAAUUACUGUCGUUGAGCGGUGCUCCUCCGGCGUCGCUGCGCACGUACCUGUCGACGGCGGCGCGCCAAGCCUCCGCUCCGGCUUCCCUGCACUUACUGGACCUGUUGUGGAAGGUUCUGGAAAAGGCAGGAGACCCCUUGGCUGCUGCUCAUGUGCUCGAAGGAUUAGCUACCAAACCUGGCACGGGCGCUACGCUGGCGCAGCGCAUGGCGUGGGUGUCGGCGGGCGUGGUGUGCGUGCGCGGCGCGGGCGCGCGUGCGGCGGGCGGCGCCGAGCUACUGCGGCGGCUGGAGGAGGCGGCCGAGGUGGCGCGCGUGCAGGCCGCCGUGCGCGCCGCGCUGCGGGCCGCGCCGCGCCCUCCGCCGCCACACCUGCUGCAGCGCCUCGACGACGAGCUGCUCGAGAUCACACAGUUGUAUGAAGAAUACGCAGACCGCUACAAUCUAUGGGAGUGUAAGCUCGCAAUAGUGCAGUGCUCAGGGCACAACGACGCGCUGCUGGUGGAGAACAUCUGGAGCAACAUCCUCGCCGAGGCGGAGGCGGCCGCGCGCGCGCUGCCCACGCCCGACGAAAGGCUGGGCUCUGUUCUCAGCAAGUUGACCACUUUGGGGCGGGAAUAUGUUAACACUGGGCACUGCUUCCCGUUGUAUUUUAUCGUCCGGCAAUUAGAAAUAAUGAGUUGUAAGCUACAAGCCGAAAAAAGCAUGGUGUUUAGAACUAUAUUAAAUAUUGGGGUAUCAUUGGAGCAAGUCUUGGAUAUUUAUAUAAAAUUGGUGAGCGUGAACGAGCGCGUGUGGCUCGGAUGCGGGGACGAGUCCCACGUGUGCGCCGCCGCGGCGCUACUCCUGGACGCGGCGCGCACCGAGCUCGCGCCGCUGCCGCCCACGCCGCGCCGCCGCGCGCUCACGCGCUGCAAGGACCUGCACGAGGCCACGCUCUCCGCGUUGCAGAGUCGACCAAACACCCAACAACUUAUUGACAAGUUGACAGUGGCGCAAGCGCAUCUAGACCGUUUAGAUUAAUUUUAUCUACGUAAAAUUUUCGGUUUCGGACAAUAAUGGUGCUAAUUAUUAUAAAUAGUUUGCAAAUCUCUCAACUACAAUGAAACAUUUAAAACAAAAUGACUGAACUUUUAAGUCAGAGCAAAGUCAAUGUAGUGUCCUUGUCUCAAUGUUUCAUGAGGAAAAGAAUAGCACUACUUUUUAAUUAGACCUUUGAAUAAUAAAUUUUAGUUUAGAGGAUGUGUAUGUUGCGUUGCGGAUUAUUAGCACCAUUAUAUCAGUUCAUAUUAUAACAUCCAAUAGUACAAUCAUUUCUGUAUUCUUUUCCAUAUCACUGUGGCUGUUGUUAAAAUGGUUGCCACUUAUAUGGAUUGUUUUUUUUAUUUCCGAAGUGAUAAUCAUUUUCUUAAUAGGGAUGUUGCCAUGUCAAAAAUAAAUUAUUUUUUAGUCAAGUUGAAUGGGUCUUCCAAAAUACGUAUAGUGCGACAGGUCGAGAUGGCAAACGGGGGCGGGAGGCGGGAGGGACGCCCCGCACAACCGCAUUAGG